AUGACCUAUUUGAAGAAAACAGAAUUCCGAACAGUUCAAAGUAUGAAAACUGUAUCGAAGAGAGUUCAACAGUUCAUCACAGUUUAUCAAAAGUAUAUGAUGCCGAUCCCGAUUCGCCAAUUGUUCAUUACACCUGAAAAAGUAAGCUUCACUCUAUCUCACUCAAAUGAAAUCAAUACAAUCAAUCACGAAGACAUUGAGAAUUUCCUUCGUGGUGCAAAAGUGGAAUUGCUUUGGCUGGAAAUGAUUGGAAGUGAAUUAGAACCAAUUGAGUUUCUUCAAUCAAUCUUGAAAAAGACAAAUUUCAGUCAGAUUGCUUGUCUGAAACUUGGAAGUUCAAAAAUGGAGUGUGACGUGGCAAAGUUAACCGAUUUAAUGAAAUCUUUAAGUUGUACAGAACUAGUCGUUGACUGGAGAUUCCGUGUUCCUGAGAAUUUCUUCAAUGAAUUAUCUAUUAACAAACUCACUGGUUUGACCAUUGGAAAUCAAGAAUCUCCAAACUUCUACCAACCUUUUAAAGGCGAGAAUUUCAGAAAAUUCAGAGGAGACUGGAUGGAACUCGGAGCAAAUCAACUGAGAACAUCUGAUUUCUCUACUCUUUUCAAGAGCUGGAAAAAAGGCGAAAUACACUGGAUUUCGCUUUACAAUAUUGUGAUUAGUUUUCCCGUAGCUGAACUGCUAGUCUUGAUGAAAAAUGAAACAUGUCAAAAGUCACCAACGAGAUGGAUAAUUUCUCGAGAUUCUGAUGAAACUAAAGAUGAAUUGGAAAUUUGUUUCUUACAGAGUACCAACUUCUCGAAACAUCCAUCUGUUGUAAUUAGACAAUUCAAAGUCUCUGAAAUUUUGUGGUAG